AUAAAGGGCAAGGGGUCUGCAUGCAAAAGACUACCGAGCAAGCUAAAACAAAUAUGUCAGCGCCCAUGAAACUUCUUCAAGCAAUAAAGAAGAAUUCUUUUCUUCGUUACGGACUUCCUAUGUUGGUAUUGGUUGUUGGUGGUGCCUAUGGACUGAAAGAGUUUCGAUCUCUCAGAUAUGAAAUCAUUGAUAAGAGAAAAACGGUUGAUCCAGAAACUGAGGCAAGAAUGAAACAACUUCAGAAAGAGAAAAAGGCUUCUGUUGCUGAAGAAUAUGAGAAAAUGCAACAGUCUGAUCUGGACAAUUGGCACAAUAUCCGAGGACCCAGACCAUGGGAGGAUUCUAAAGAGUUUCAGAUGAUGCAAAGAGAAAAUGUUGAGAAAAGCAAACAUAUAUCAACAAAGAGAUAACAGUAAUCUAUCUAUUCAUCAGGUUUUAUUCAUAUCUCAUUGAAAGAAAGAUUAUUCAACAGUGUGUUAUCAUGUGUCCUUGUUUCACUGUUUUCUUUUUUUUAAUGAAACGUCAAUAGAUAUUUCACAGAUUGCACACAAGCAUUUGUGAAUCAUAUAAAAAGAAUUGUCUAAUAUUUAGAUAGUUAUAUGAUUAAUAAAAAAUCUUAUUGAUGAUUUGUUGAACUUCACUUUGUUAAGAAAUUUAAAAAAUGAGUUCGACUUGAUCAUUUGAGUAUCUGUGCAGGUUUUGAAUACAAUUGUUUUCUGAUUUUGAUUUGUCUUUGAAUACAAGAACAUCAUGUAUUGAGGUACAUUAUAGUAUUUUGGAAACCAAAACCAGAAUAGAAUCUGUAUCAUGCAGAGUUUAGAACUUUGCUUGAUCUUUCAAACUUCAAUCAUCUUUGUACAAAGUGUGUAGGAAUUAUAAAUAUGCAAUUGAAAUAAAUUUAUUCUGUUUUAAGGAAUGAUGGCAUGAAGAAGAUACUAAAUGUUUGUAAAAACUUAAAGUUUACUAAAUUAUUGAUUAACAUCCUUGUUAAAAAUCAAACUUCUUUUGAUACUUUAAAAUUGAAUAUGAGUCAUAGUUCAAUAA